UCCUCCUCCUUAUCAACCUGGAGUGAACCAGGUUCGAUUUGUAAUAUGCUGUUAAUUGUAGGCGUAUCCACCUCCCGCUUAUCCGUCGCCUGGUGCUCAGCCACCUCAACCUGCACCUGGAUAUGCCUAUCCUCCCAAUGCCGCUUAUCCUUCUCCAGCAUAUCCUCAGCCGAUGUACCCGGCAAACUCAUCUCCUAUGCCGCCAUCGCCUAUGCAGCCGCAGCCCAUGUAUCCUCCUCAAGCGCAAGGUCAAUAUCCUCCUCAGCCGCCCAUGCAACCUGGAGGGCAAUCCCCAUCGACUCCACAAGGCCAGUAUCCUCCCCCUCAACCCCAAUACCCACCCCCUCAGCCUCAGUAUCCUCCCCCUCAACCCCAGUAUCCCCCUGCUCAAGGCCAGUCUCCUGCACAGCCCCAACCGCAGCCUCAAUACCCACCACAGGGUCCGUAUCCACCUCCACAAGGCCAAAGCCCUGUCGACCCUCAGCCCCAAUAUCCCCCUGCUCAACCUCAGCCUCAAUAUCCUCCUGCUCAGCCCCAACCGCAGCCCCAGAAAGAAGAGGAUAGUGACAACCCAGCUCCUUCUGCGCCUGAAGUGUUCCCCACGAUCCAGGGCUAUAGCAUGGUCGGGAACCAGCCGAUGGUGGCCACGAUCAACGCGUCCAUGAACCAGGGAG